GCUAUGACAUCAUCCAUGAACUCAAGUUCGAAUUUCAUUGUGCGACCUAUGUCCUUCAUUAUCAGUGGUUUCUCCAGUAUUCCCAAUAUUAAGUACUACUACGUUUUCCUCAGUUUUAUUUAUACUGCCACAGUGUUGGGAAAUUUAUUUGUCAUGGUAAUAAUCUACGUAGACCAAAACCUCCACACUCCAAAAUACCUUGUGAUUUUUAACUUGGCGAUGGCUGACUUGGGAGAGAGCACCGCCCUUAUUCCCAAAGUGAUUGAAACCUUUCUUUUUAAUACACAGGAAAUUUCCUAUGGUGCCUGUUUGGCCAACUUGUUUUUUGUAUUUUUCUUCAACUGCAUGCAAUCCAUCACUCUCACUCUCCUGGCAUAUGACAGAUUCGUAGCAAUUUGCGUUCCACUGCGAUAUAAAAGCAUCGUCACAAAUGCAUCAAUGGCUGUCAUUCUCACAGUGUUGUGGCUGUUUGAUUUAACAAUUAUCUUGUUUACAGUGGCCUUGAUCACCAGACUGUCUUUCUGUAAAUCCACAGUAAUUGAUAGCUACUUUUGUGACCAUGGGCCAAUGUACAGACUGGCCUGCAAUGACAAUUCUUUAAAUGCAGUGAUGGCAAUAUUUAACAUAGUGACAUUCAUUUUUCUUCCAUUGACAUUGAUAGGACUGUCAUAUGCAUGUAUUUUGGUUUCACUUUUUAAAAUUGCAUCAUGGGAGGGACGUCUAAAGGCCUUAAAGACCUGUUCCUCCCACCUGAUACUGGUGUUGGUAUUUUAUAUUCCAUUAGUUAGUACCUAUAUAGCUGCCAGGACCACCUCCAUCCACCGUGAUGUCAGGAUAAUUAAUACAUCACUCUCAUACGCCAUUCCCCCCAUGUUGAACCCCAUUGUAUAUUCUCUGAACACUGCCGAGAUCAAGGACUUUGUAAGGAAAAUGUUCAGAAGGAAGAGACACAAUGUUAUUGGCACUGCAUUUCAGAAAUGA